UGUAAAUAUUUUCAAUAAAUUGGGAAUGUGGAGACAUUGAAGAUCCGUGAGGAACUGAAGACAAGAAGGAUCAUGUGUCUCUCCCCACCCCUUCGUACCAUGAAAAAUUAAAUAAGUCCAUUGUACAUACAAUGCAUAACAACUAUUAUUGGCACAAAGUGAGCAAUAUUUCUUUGGUAUCAACCUCCUACAGCUCACAUUAGAUAUGUGCAUAAUAAAUUAUGAGAAAGAAAAUACUUUCGAAAGAACAGAACUCGAGUGAUGUUCCCUUCUGCUCAAACAAAAAGUUCUGGAAUUUUAUCAUGAAUAAAGAAACUAAUUUCAUAAUAAAAAUAAACGUGACCGUGGGGGAGGGUUCAGUGUCUCCCAGAACAAUGGAGGAAGGAAGGAAACAGCUGAGUUAUGAUAAUAAUGCAAUGUAUCCCAUAAGACCGUAUAAAAUAAUCGCUCAAUGUCUGGGAAUUUGGUGCAUGAACUGUCAGAAUUUUAUUCCCAAGAUGCAGCUGACGAUUGUUUGUAUUUUGUUGGUUACAAACGGAAUAAGUCUGUUUCACGAAUUGAAUCCAUCAUGUGAAGUCCCGAAGGACGCGAUAUUGAUACCGGUCUCGACGGCGAUCUGUUGCUUCCUCGCAGUGACAAAAAUUCUGAGCAUCCGCUUUAACCGCAAAAAAAUGCUGCAAAUUAUAACAUCGAUCUUGGAAGACUGGUCAUCACCCAAAAAUGAUGCUGACAUUGAACCACUGAGCAGAGCGUCAAAAAUUGGACGAAAAAUUUCUUCAUUCCAACUUCUGUCCGCUUUUAUUUCCACAAUUCCCAUGUUCCUCUGUGGAAUGGGAAAUUCCGCGAUUUUUGACGCGACGAAAAAUGAGACUGAAAUUGUCAAAGCGAUUCCCCUGGCAAAUCCAUGUUUUUAUAAAUAUAUUUUUAUGGAUUUGUACAUUGAAAUUUAUCUACUGCAAAUUCUCCAAAUUAUUGCGACGAUUCUGGGGAACGUCGGCUGCGACUGCUAUUUUUUUGGAGUGACAAUGCUUCUGGUGGGCCAAAUCCAGUGUUUUGCGAGUGACAUUGAGAGAUUUGAACCGAACCGUCAAAGUCUGACGAUCGUGAUUGGGAAGCACAAUCAUCUCAUUCAAAUGGCAGAUCAUUUGGAGAAGAUAUUCAGAGCAGUUAUAGCAUUUCAAGUGAUGGCGAAUGUCUAUCAAAUUUGUAUGGGGGGUCUCCAAAUAUUAUUCAGCAUUCGUCUGGGAGAUAGGACGACAGCGAUAAACUUCACCAUCUUCGUAAUGAUUUUUCUGGUCCAGCUGUCGAUAUACAGCUACGCCGGGGAGAGCUUAUCAUCGAGCAUCAACUACUUGCAGACAUCUCUGUACAGUUGCCCCUGGUAUCAGGUAACACCGAAAGUCAGUAAGGAUUUGAUAUUCAUAAUGGCGCGGUGUGGCAAACCCUUUCAUUUGACCGCCGGAAAAAUCAUUUCGAUGAAUCUCGAAAGCUACAAAGGAAUCAUCAAGACCCUGGGCUCGUACUUCUCCGUCAUGCAGGCGAUGUUCGAUAAAUAAUCG